AUGUAUCCAUUCAACCCAGAUAGAAUUCCGGAAUGUGCUUAUGCUCCUAGCAUUCCAACUCACUUAUCAGAAGCAGGUGAACCGGAGAGCAAUUCUGAUGAAAAUAAUGCAGCAAGCAUUAUAAAUGCAGCUUCUGUACUUAAUGAUGAGAGUUUCAGUUACGAAGAUAACGUCCCUUUAAUUUUGUUUCAAAGCAAUGAACAACAAAAUGUGCUUUCAUCUUACAUCAGAGAUGAACCAGCACCAUUGGCUUCCCUUAAUAUAAAUGAAGCGGGCAAUGUGUCCUUCACAGAUAUGAUGAAGACACCUGAAAAAAAUUCUUCCAAUAAGUCACAACGACGCAAAACAAUUAACAGUCUGGCACAGCAUUUGACAAGGUCGAUGUUCGCUAAGAUAAAUCCUACAGUAGUAAAUACACCAUCAAGCAUAAAAGCUUCCCAUCCGGGGAAGAGACGCAAACAAGCUACCAAGCAAGCGCAAUCAUGGUGUUGCUUCCUCUGUAAGGAAGACAGAGUAGCAGACAUGAGGCUCUGCAAAUGUAGUGGUGUUUAUGUACAUGAAGAGUGUGUUGGAUUAACAGCAGAAGAUAAAGAAAGAUACAUGUGCCCAAAAUGUGAGAAUUAA